AUGAGAAUUGGUUGUUUGCAAUUCGCGCCCCAGGUGGGAGAUGUCGACAACAACCUAAAUCGCGCGGAUGCCGUAUUAUCGAGAGCCAACCCCGACGAUCUGGAUGUUUUAGUCCUGCCCGAGCUGGCUUUCUCGGGGUACAACUUCAAAUCACUUCAAGAUAUCACCCCGUUUCUUGAACCCUCCGGCUCCGGAAUCACAUCUCUCUGGGCCAGAACAAUCGCUCUCAAAUACAACUGUGUCGUCACUGUUGGAUACCCUGAAAAAGUCGACGUUUCACCAAAAUGGCCCACUGGACCCGAAUAUUACAACUCAGUCAUCGUUGUCAACGGCGAUGGCGAAACCAUCGCCAACUACAGGAAAUCCUUUCUCUACCAAACCGAUGAGACAUGGGCGCUUGAAGGCAACCGUGGAUUUUUUGAUGGCUUCAUUCCAGGACUCGGAAACACUUCAAUAGGAAUUUGCAUGGACAUCAAGUUUGUAUUCUUACCGAUGCUCAUCUUUCAUAUGCACUAA